AAGAGAAUGAAAAUCUUCCUCACUUAACACGUUAAUAUUUAGGGUCAACCACACGAUGGUAUCAGUUAGUUUAGCCUUAUUAUCGCGUUUCUCUGCUCUUUUCUCGUCCCCUGCUCGAAUCUAGAUAAGGAAAAAAAUUUAGUUGACCUGGCAAUUCUUCGUCGUCGCUUAACAGGAUUAACAUUUCCUGGCGCCAUUUUAAGAUCGCAGUUAGCUAGCAUAAAAAUAUUCUUUUGAAUUUUUAAAACAUUAAGGAGCAAGAAUGCUAGUUAUUUGUUGCGGUUAUCAUCGAUCUAAACUUGAUUAAAUGAUCGUCGUCGUAUAUAUAUUUCAUGUUUUUAUAUGUAUUUGAAAUAUUUAUAUCUCUGCAAAAUAUUGUAUUAUCUCUGCAAAACAACAACACGCGCGGCGAGGGGAACGCAAUAUACCCGAAGGCCGGAAAAUUCAGCUCCGUCGUUUCAGUUACGAACGAUAACGAUGAAUACGACAGUCUGGAUGAUGAUACACAACGCAGACGACCAUUAUCUACUUUAUAUUGAUCAUCGCUCUCGGCAAACGGUGGCUGGCUGCCGCCGAGUACGAUAUAUCCACCCGGCUUACAAUACCUUAUGGAGCUUGAUUACCUUUCCGUGAACCAGAAAUUUGAGUUGCUUGAAGGUGAGCACUCGGCUUUAUUAAGAGACAAAAAUAAAAUGAUUCUUCUUUGCGAGCCUUUAACCGACACGGAGACUAUAAAUAGGUACACUGUUACGAACAUCCGCGGCGAACCUAUAUUUUAUGUGGUCAGAAAAUCGAACAUUUCUUGGCGAUUGAUCUUGAGCAACGACCAUUCCUACGAAUUCAACUUCUUCGAUCGAGAUCGGCGGGAGGUCCUGCAUAUGAUUAUUCGUUCCGUUAGAAUCGACAGUUGCUGCUGUCCCUGCUAUUUACCGGUUUUAGAGGUUUAUUCAGGAAACACUCUGCUAGGCAGCGUUACUGAAGAAUGGAGUGUCUGGCGACAGAAACUCUAUAUUCGCAAUACAUCCGGCCAACCGGUGUUAAUGAUAAGACCAAUUAUCCAUUUCUCUCUUCAUGUAGAUUUUGAGGUCAAAUCCAUAGAUGGACAGCAUCUCGUCGGUAAGAUCCAGCACGAACAGAGCGGUUUUUUUACCAUUUCCAAUAUGUUUGGCAUUAAUUUCCCGCGCGAUCUCGACGUAAAUAUAAAGGCCGUGCUACUAGGAGCAUGUUUUCUUAUAGACUUCAUGUAUUUAAAAAAGCGGAGAUAGUCAAUUUGUUUUAAUAUUUAAGAGAAAAAUAAAACGCAAACUGUGUGUGCUUAUAUAAGCUUAUAUUUAUACUGUAAAAGACAUUUUACGCGCAAUGAAAAUAAAAACAAGCAUAAAUACGCGCACUCACGACAAAAUCUUACCAAUCGUGAGCUGUGAGAUAAGCUGCAUACAUAUAUAUCGCUAUUCUAUUUUUUAAGCAAUUUACAAAUAGUAAGGUAUGUUACUUUUUAUAUAUAUAACGGGAAUAUAUAAAUAUAUUAAACGCCGAUUUACACUCGUGAAAAUGUGAUCAAACUUACGUUCGUUACCUAAAGCAUAAAGUUAGAUUUCGAGAAGCUCUCUAUUUUUUGUAAACUCUAUUUUUGAUAAUAAUCUAUGUCUCCAUU